AUGUGGGGAAAAGUAGUUCUUGUGCUUAUUGCCCUGCCGUCUCUUCUGUUGAAAGCUGUCGCAGAUUCUCCACUUAUAUAUUCAACGUCGGGACAGACCGUCAAGCUACAAAAGCGACCUUCUCCAAUUUCCAGCAACGAAGGGUGGGAAUCUCGGGCUAGGAAUCUGAGAAACGCAGUUUUAGCUAAGUAUGGAGGUACAACGUCACAACCUUCCAGGAGGAGUUCGGGGACAGACUUGGUUGGAAAUCAGGGGGAUGAUAUUAGCUACUUCGCAUCACUCGCUAUUGGCACCCCACCCGCUUUAUUCGAUGUGACACUUGAUACUGGCUCAUCUCUCCUUUGGGUGAAUGCCACGCCUUGCGAUAUCGACGGUACACAAGUUGUGCCCUAUAACACUGCGCUGUCGUCGACAUCACAGAAUCUGUCGGAUCCUUUCUCUAGUUCAUAUGGUAGCGGGACUGUCUCUGGGAUGUAUGCUCAAGACACUGUACAAAUGGCAGGAUUUGCAGUCGAAAAGCAAAUGUUUGGUAUAGUCAAUUCUACUUCAGUACGUUUAGCAAACUGUCCCGUUUCUGGGCUUGUUGGGCUCGGAUGGCAACAGCCAGGUGAUCCAAUGCCAUUCUGGCAAACUCUGGCAGAUAGCGGCGUCUGGGAUUCACCCGUCAUGGCUUUUCAAAUUUCUCAUUAUCCCCCAAGCGCGAGUAAUGUAACUAGGCCAGGAGGUACUUUCACGAUGGGUUUUCUCAACGACAGUUUAUAUGUCGGUAAUAUUGAUUAUCAGCCAAUCUUGGAUAAUCUGGCUCCAUAUUGGGCUUUGCCUAUUACAUCCAUUACCGUGCAAAAUACUUCGAUUGAGAUUCCUACCGGCUCAGCCUAUGGCGCCAUCGAUACUGGGACGAGCCUUGUUGUAGGCCCAAGUGCACAAAUUCAAGCCAUUUAUGCACAAAUUCCAGGUUCGCAGCCCUGUGUAGGACUAGAAGGUUUCUAUAGUUAUCCAUGUGAUACUCAAGUGAACGUGUCGAUUUCCUUUGGGGGACCGAGUUGGUUUAUAAAUUCUUCUGAUUUCCGAUACGCUUACAUCGAUUCGAACGGCUCGUCAUGUCUUGGUGCAUUUUACGAGGUCACCAGCUCAACCCCUUGGGUCAUAGGCGAUACAUUCCUCAAAAGUGUAUACUCUGUGUUUCGCUAUAGCCCUCCUUCUGUCGGUUUUGCGACGCUGUCAGAAACAGUUCUUGCGUUAAAUGGUGCGAAUGGAUCUGCGCCCACGCCCAGCGUUGGUCCUGUUCUAACCUCGGUGACUGCGAGCGCUAGUGUGGCCAAUGAGACCAGCACUAGUGCAGCAUGGAGAUUACGUCCGUUCUUCGUAUAUUCUUUGGUGUUAGCUGCUGUCUCCGGGACCAUUACUCUGAUUUAA